AUGGCUCUCAGUAUCCCAGGUCUGAUCAUGAUGGUAGCAUUCUACCUGCUUGUGUUGGGAAUCGGCAUCUGGGCGUCUGUGAAGUCUAAGAAGAUGGAGAAAAAGACCCCAGGUGGACAGGUAGAGGUUUCUUUUUUGGCCAACCGGAGUGUCAGCUUGGUGGUGGGGGUUUUCACAAUGACAGCUACUUGGGUUGGAGGUGCUUUUAUCAUUGGGAUUGCAGAGGCGGUUUAUGACCCCACUAAGGGUCUAAUCUGGGCUCUUGUUCCUCUGCAAACGUCCAUCGCAUUUAUCAUCGGUGGACUGUUCUUUGCAAAGCCAAUGAGGGAGAACAAUUACGUCAGUAUGAUGGAUCCGUUCCAGAGGAAGUAUGGAAAAGGACUGACUGCAGCUCUUGCCAUCAUUCCAGUCAUCACUGAAGUUGUCUGGAUUCCUGCUUUACUCAUUUCCUUGGGAGCGACCAUGAGUGUGGUCAUCGAUCUGCCCUUCAGUGCGUGCGUGUGGAUCUCUGCCGUAGUCGCCAUCAUCUACACCGUGCUCGGAGGUCUCUAUUCAGUCGCUUACACCGAUGUCAUCCAGAUCUCACUGGUGUUUCUGAGCUUGUGGCUGUGUGUCCCUUUUGUUCUGACGAGUGACAUUUAUACUGACAUCAGUGAAACAGCGUUCAACCGCACAUACCAGGGCUCCUGGGUUGGCCGGCUGGAGUAUGAUGAUGUUGGGAUAUGGAUUGAUAAUUUUCUAGUGAUGUCUUUGGGCAAUAUGGCCAUUCAGGAUUUCCAUCAGAGGACGCUGUCCUCCCGCUCCACCUCCACAGCCAGGAUCAUCUGUUUCAUAGCAGCAGGAGCCGUCAUCGUUGUAGGAAUCCCAUCUGUGCUGAUCGGAGCUGUUGCAGCUUCGACAGACUGGAACGCCACCUCAUACGGUUCUCCUUCUCCAUAUGAGCGAGGGGAGUCGGCCAUGGUGUUGCCCAUCAUCCUUCAGAAUUUAACCCCGACCUACAUCUUUGCUUUUGGCAUCGGAGCGGUUGCUGCUGCAGUGAUGUCAUCUGCUGACUCUUACCUUCUGUCUGCAACCACCAUCUUCACCACCAACAUCUACCAGACCAUCAGGAGCCAGGCGUCUGAUAAAGAGCUGCAGUGGGUGAUCCGUCUCUCCAUUGUGGCUGCAGGACUUGUGGGAACGUCCCUCACCUACCUGGACAGCAGCAUCAUGGUGUUCUGGAUCCUGGGCGCAGAUCUGACCUACACCAUCAUGCUCCCACAGCUGAUCUGCGUCCUCUUCAUCCGGGUUUCCAACGGUUACGGGGCCGCUGCAGGCUAUGUUGUUGCCUUUGUCAUGAGGGUUUUGUGUGGAGAGCCCGUGUUCAAGCUUCCUGUCAUCCUCGCUUUCCCAGGAUGCACUUCAGAGGACGGCGUUUACGUUCAGCGCGCUCCGUUCAAGACCAUCUGCAUGCUGUCUGCUCUGACCUCCAUUCUGGUGUUUUCAUAUGUGGCCUCUCUCCUGUUUAACAAGGGGAUCCUUCAUGAGAGGUGGGACGUGUUCAAGGUGAAAUCACAGGAAGAACUACGACCAGCAGAGGGAGCCAGAGAGGCUGAUGGUGAAAAGACUGAUGCUCCAAAUGAAAAUAAACCAAUGCUCGAUACAGGCUGCUAA